CUCUCCUUUCCGCCAAACGGAGUAAGUAAUUCAUGGGGAAAUCAGAUCCGGUAUCGUUCGAAUGCACUUGUCCGGCAAAGGACGACGGCGGCGGCACGAUUCUCCUCUUCUACCGCUACUACGCGGCGCCACCAGAACUUCCGGCGGAGCUUCGCCCGCGUCUGACGGCUCUUGACGAGGUUGCGGCUUUCCACCGGACACUGUGCGAGAGACUGCAUCUCAAGGGCAAGAUCCGGGUGGCGGCCGAAGGGUUCAACGUCACCGUGGGCGGCACGAACGACGAGAUCGCCUCCUACGUCGAGGAAUGCGUGAAGCACUGGACCUUUGAAGGAUUGGAUCUCGACACGCGGGAGAAGCGGGACGAGUUCUUCAAGCCCGGCCCCGGCGGCUGCGCGUGCGCCUUCGAGAGCGCGAACGUGAGGAUCGCGGCCGAGAUCACGCCGCUCGGCGUGACCAACUACGCUCCCCGCAACUGGGACUCGGUGCGGAGCCUGUCGCCGGCUGAAUUCCACGAGAAGUGCUGGAGCGACGACAAAAAGGUUCUGAUCGACGUGAGGAAUCACUACGAGAGCCGGAUUGGCUAUUUCGUCGACCCGAGGACGGGCGACAAGGCCAUCACGCCCGAAGUUAGGCGUUUCUCACAGUUUCCACGUUACGUCAAGACGCACAUGGCAGAGCUAGACGGCGGUGCCGCAAAGUCCGGGGAGAGGAGAAAUAUCAUGACGUACUGCACGGGCGGUAUCAGGUGCGAGAAAGGUGUCAGGUGGAUGGCCGAAAAACUGCAAAUUCGAGACGGAGAUGCCAUUUGUACUUUGAAGGGAGGCAUUGCAGCGUAUCUUACUUGGAUGGACAAAGAGAUCAAGGAAGGCAGGAAAAAGCCAAGCGAUUCUCUAUUCCGAGGGAGAAAUUAUGUCUUCGACGCUCGAGGGUCAACUGGACUUUCGAACAACAGCGGCCUUUUUCCCGUGUCUACGUGUCAUGUAUGCAACGAGCCUUCAGAUCGGUUGAGCAAAUGUCGCUCAGGAAGAUGUCACCUUAUUCUUGUUGUGUGUGAUGAUUGUGAACGUACACAAGACCCAAGAUGCUGUCAUAACUGUGUCGAGCUAGACUCCGAGAUCGAGAACAGUUUAUUCGGUAAAGAAGCAAAGAGAAAACCGAUAUGCAAGUGUGAACUCGAGCGAGAAGAAAGGUUGUGGAGAAGUGGUCUUAAAGAUAGGGCUCGAGAGGAAAACGAAAAUAUUGAGCCUUUAGGCAUUAAUAUCAAACUGAAUAUAAUUGAUUGACAGUGACUUUUGGAUCAUAAUGUAACAAGUCGACCAUUCAAAGCAUUCUGAACUAGGGAAGAAAUUCUCAAAUUGAG